GACAUCUCACUUACACGCAUUGCAACACUGAUGCGGAAUAACCCAUGUAGCGCCAUAAGUAGGAAAGAGACAACCGUAUGAUCAGCAUGCGUACUUUGGUCUGGCAGCACAGAAACGAGUACAGCUCCGAAUACACGUCGUUUUGCCAAAAGCGUAGCAGGGAGCAAAUGAAAAAAAUAUAUAAAUGAGGAAAAAAUUUAGUGAAAUAAUAUCGACAAAUAUACCAAGCGCGAGCAACGCCGCUUUACUAAAAAUCGACAGAUUUAAUAAUUGCGUGCGUUGUGCAAGCGUCUAAAAUUCGACCAACAGAAAUCCCUCCCCCACAGAGCAAUAAAGUGCAUACAGUAAUUAAGUGAUAAAAGCCGAAAAGCGUGGCAAAGUGCCGAAUAGCGUAACUCUGUAAUGCAGCUGGCCUGGCAGUGACGUCGCACAAGUAUGGCACCAGCGCUCACGGCCGAGCCACUAAGUCCUAAGGAGAAGCUAACAAGCAACGCAUCGCCUGCCACCGGCACGCGGCAGUCUGUACGAAAAUUGGACUCGCCCAGUGAAACGGCCAAGAAGCCAAUCUCUUUGACGACCACGACGCGCGUGACACGCUCCAAGGACGCGGCACAGCGCAUGGGCUCGCCGAUUGUACAGGUGAACAACAAGCGCAAACCCAACAAUCACACCAACAACAAUAAUAACAGCGAAGCCAAAACCGUGGAGCAUCAAAUGGGCCUCAGCGCUGCAACCACACAUACAAGCAGCGACGGCAGUGCAGGCGUUUCCUCGAACUCCAGCAACAGUGGUAGCAUUAACAUCAACGACGCAGGUGUGGCAGCAGCAGCAGCAGCAACAGUGACACCAGCAGCGACAGCCGAGAAUUCGUCCGCCGAGCACAAUAAUAACUGCAAGGACAACUCAACGGCAGCGCUGCUGGCAAAUCUAACAAGUGAAUUCGAGGAGGCCAUCACAGCUGAGAUUUGCCUGCGGAAAACACUGCCCGAGGUGAGCCACAGCAAGGAGCAGCCAGCCGAAACUGAAGCAGCUGCCGCAGCAGCUGUGGCUGCAGCCGCUGCAAUAGCACAUUCCGUGCAGUUGCUGGAGCCCGCAUUAAUGGCAGAAACCGAAGCCCAGUCCCAAUCCACAAGUGCGGCGGCAGCAGCAGUAGCAGCGGCGGCGGCGGCAACACCAACAACGACAGCAACAGCAACACUCACAGACGCUCUACAGCGAUUGGCAUGGCCGGAAAUACCGCUGUCAUCUAAUGCGGAGAGUACGGCGGAGUUGGCUGCUGCUGCGAAAAUUCCGGAUCCUAUUGAAGAAUGUCUUAGUCAACUCGAUGGCAGCCCCAGCGUUGUAUUGCCGCCCAACGUGGCUAAAGGUGAAGCGGCAGUGGACAACGCUGGCGUAGCGCCGACGAACUCGACUAGGCAGCAACAGCAACCACAAGAACAGCAGGAGCAACAGUCGCAGCAGCAGCAGCAGUUGCAAUUACAACAGCAACAACCACAACAGCAAUUGCAACAGCAACAACAACCGGAGAUACUCGCCUCACCCCAGCAUUCAACAACUGCGCGUCAGUCGGGCGCUUUGCUGACGCCGCAGAGCACGACGAGCUCGAUAAACUUUCUUAAGGAUGGCGGUGCUGGCGCCGUGCUCGAGGAUCAGGAUAUUGAGGAGGUUUUAAAGGCGCUCAAGACAUUUGACAGUGCGCACGUCAAUCCGGAUACAAUCUAUAAUUUCCUUGACGAAAUGUAUUUCCCAUGCAACGAGGACGAUGCAGCGGCCGCCGCCGGAACAGUUACAACAACAGCAGCGGCAGCUGGCCCAAUUGCAUCAACAGCAGCAGCAGCAGGAACGCCAGCAUCCACUAUUGCCGGCAUCCAAGAUAUGCUGGAGUCAAAGCCCAGCUGUAGUACAGCAAUCGCGGCUCGUCCUUGGCAGGAAUGCCAUGCCGAGCUCGAGCAGCAACAGUAUUUGCUGAUGCGCAAGAUUGACUUCCUGCUGCGGCGCACGCGCAAGCUCCAAUCGCGCCAUAUGUGCCGGCAUGCCAGCGACGAAGUCAGCGGCAUUCUCGAAUGGGCGGCGCGCACCUCGCAUAAGGUAGCAAACGGGGCGCCGGUGCGCAGCGCCAAGCUGAGCGAACGCGAGGAGACCGUCUUGUCGAUUGUAUCUGGGCGGCCGAGUAGCAGCUUCUGGGAGGAACAGACCAAGCACCCACUGCCCGCCAGUCAGAUGUGCAAUGUGCUGCGGCACAUUGAGACGGCGGCGCGUAAACAACAAAUUUGCCAUACAACUGGAGGUAGCUCUGGAUCGUUGGCGUCCUCAUCAACGUGGUAUAGCAGCACGGCACAGCCGGGCAAACGGGCGCGCAAAACACAGCAAGUGGACACUGCCAACAGCGGUACGGUACCAGCUGGAGUCGACGGCGUCUUAGCUCCACGCCCGGACGAAAUUGUGCCGAACUUUGACAGCUAUGUGACCAGCGAAUUGACCCAUGUGGCGGGCUUUCUGCACACCGAAAUGCGUGAGGUUCAGAACGCCAUCGACUCGGACGCCACUGAAUCGAGUUCUGGCGGCGACUCUGCCGACGAGAUGGUCACCUACAACAAUUCCCAGCAGUUGUCAUUGCCAAUCACGCGACGUGCCGUGUGGCGCUAUUCGCGAGAUCGUGCUGUCAUUGCCCUGCGCUGGUCCUGGCUGUGCGCUCAGAUUGCCGAUCUGGAGAUCAAAAUCCGCCAGCACAACGACGUCUACAACGAUCUGUGUCGCACCAAGGGCGAUGUGCUCUUGGAAACGACGAAGACGCCAAAGAACGGCUACAUGGAUCAAUCGGAACAGCCCGAACAGGCAUCCGACGAUUGGCUAUGCAGUCGGGCGCGUCCUUUGGUACUGUCAGAGUUUCGCAAACGUAAACUCUUCCAGACCACAAAUAUGCACACAAUAUCCAAGAAGGCAGCGCGACCCAGCAACAUCAAAUGCGGCUGUCAAUGGCCGCAGGUGCCGUGCACUUUGUGCACUGGGCGACCGGAUCCGACGGCGCCAAGAGAUCUGCCCGAAACUCUGAUGCCCCAAAACCGUGUAGCUCUGCUCGACCCCGGUUAUCACCCGGUGUUGAGCUUCUCCAAUGAUGUUUGCCAGUCGGUGCAUUUGGAAGCGAUUAGCCGUCAGCCUGAUUGGCAAUAUCGUGUAAUGCGCAGCCAGGCCAAGGCGAUUGUCAAGAGCGUCUGGAAGGCUGAGCGCGAGGCGAUUGCUUCCGCUGGCGGCGGCACUGGCGGUAGUGCUGGGCGAAGAGCCGGUGAGACGGCCAAGCGCCGUUAUGUGCGCCGUAAAGAGCGUAACAAUAAUAGUCAAAACAAAGCAAACAACAGCAGCAACAAUAACAAUAACAACAACAACAAUAAUAAAGAAUCAACUACACAGAAUAAUAUCAACAAAAACAAUAGCGGCUAUAGUGGGCUCGGCCACGUAGGAUUGGAUAGUGGAAACGGUACUGGUACUGCUACUACUUCUUCUUCUUCUUCUUCUACGCCUACUACAACGCCACUUGUGGCCAACAAGAGCAAAAAGCAGCGUCAAUUGGCCACGAAUCGAGUCGGAGCGCUACCCGACUCCCAGCAACAACAACUAAAUAGCUUCACACUGAUCUCCGGCAACGGCGGUAAAAAGCCACGCAAAUCAGGCUCCAAAUCACAUCAAACACAUUCACCACACAUUAACAACAACAACAACAACAACAGCAGGAGCAGAUGCAGCAGCAGCAGUCAACAGGCCAGCGUUGGGGAUAACAGCAACAGUCGCUUAACCGGAGAUUCGCAAUGGGAGCCACACAGUCGCCGCAAUUCUGCCGAAACACACGGGCACCGUAAUGAACGCACUUCAGAGAGACGCAAUCGUCUUAUCUACGACAUUGACAACAUCGUGAUACCCUACAGCAUGGCCGCUCAGACGCGUGUCGAAAUACUGCCCUACAAGGAGAUACCAACACCAAAGUGGCGUAUUGUGGAUAGCGAUACUGAGCAACAAUCUCCGAAUACAUCUGUCAAUGCUGAAAAGUUGACCAAUGGCUGUGUGAAUGCAAAGAACGAGAAAGAACUGGUGACUGACGAAAAGAAAGCACCAAUAGCAGUAGCAACAACAACGGAAACAGCAACAACUGGAGCAAUAGAAACUGCAACAACAACAGAAACAGUAGCAUCAACAGAAUCAACUGAAACAACAACAACAACAACGCCCGCCACAACAGUAACAACAACUCCCAAGUUAAACAACAACACUGUGAAGAAAACAUCAAGCAAGUCCCCAACUAAACUAAAUGGCGUGAAGCAAUCGAUCAAGAAGAAGAAACGACUGGGAGAGACUGUCAAGCUGUCGAAGGAACAGACAAAGCUGGCACUAAGCAAUGGACUGUUGAAUGGAAAACCGGAAGAGUUGGCAAUCGAAACUAAGGAGCAGCCGCUGAAGGAGAAAUCCGAGCUGUUGAAAAUUGAGAGCAAAGAACUAAAGAGAAAGCAAACACCUCUCAAUGGUAAAACCAAAAAGCACAAUAAUAAAAUCUCUGUGAAUAAUAAUGUAAAUAAAGCAAGCCCAGCUGCUGUCACGCCUGCUGCUGCAGCUCCUGCUCCUGCUUCUGCUGCCACUGCCACUGUUACUAGCAAGGACGCCACGGCACCAAAUGUGGCAGAUAAACCCACAGCUAAAUCUGUUGAACCACCUAAUAAGCGGCCCAAACUGCAGAUGGCGCCAAGCUCAGAAGACAAGACCGAAAAGAAAACGGAUGAGCCGGUAGCUGAAGCAAAGGUCGAUGCUGCUCCCUCUGCUGAUACUGUGGAGAAUGAUGAUGAUGAGGUGGAAGACCUCUCGGAUGAAGCGUACAUAGCACGGCAUCAGCGUGCUCUCAUCGAGGAACGUCGACGCUUCGAGACAUUCUUAAAGUUCCCCUGGAGCACUCGGUCGCGUGCUAAUCGACGUGUCGACAGUCGCGCUGAAUCGAGCGGCGCCAAUACACCGGAUCCAGCGUCGCCGGCGGCUUCACAGCUGACCGGACCUACCGCUGACAAUGAGAGCAUACCCUCGCCGCUGGCACAGAACAUGAUGCAGCAUCCGUUCGAUGGCAUCGCAGCUGAGGGCGAGACCACAAAGCGACGUCGUACCACAUCCAGCAAGCUAAAGGAUCACGAGCGUCGUAGUGCAACGCCAGAUACCCGAGACGAUCCGCCACCAUUUGAGCCGUUGAAUUUUCCUCUCUCCGAGGAGGCCUAUCAGCGACUGCUCGCCGACAUAAACAUCGAGCCCAAAGAGCCAGCGACACCGGCAACCACCAGCGUCGCAGCCACCGCACCGGGCAAGCGAAUAAAAAGCAAAUCGGUCUCUUCUAAUGGAGACGGCACUACGACCAGCUCCAGCAGUCGACGCAGCAGCAAAGCAAAGGCCACAAAUUCUAGCAAAUUGCCGCGUCUUAAUGGUGGCAAAAAUGCUGCAAAGCGAGCUGCGGCAAAAUCAGUUCACAGCAAUGGCGGCCAGGAGGUAGGCUAUGACGAUGGCAUUGACUAUCUGCCAGAAGCGGAUGAUGAUGAGGAGGAGGAGGAGAUGCUGCUGCUGGAGGAGGAUGAUGAUUAUCAUCAUUAUCUGGCGCCACCAGAAGAUGAUCAAGUUCCAGGCGCAAGCAAAAACGAUGCAAAUGCCUAUAACGCCAGCAUCGAUGCUUAUUUAGGCGAGGGUGAGGGACUCGACGAUGAUGACUUGGUCGAUGAUCCAUUCAUGGACGAUGAUCCCAAUGAUCCCGAAUGGAAGCGCAACAUCGGUGCUCGCCAUGAACGCAUGCGCAAGCGUGUGUAAGCAGCGCGAAGCGAGUAAAGAGUAGCAUGCAGUGUGUGAAGAGUGGAGAGAUGCCGGCAGCAGGUGCUUGCACCCCUGGAGAGAGGAAGAGUAGCUAACAGCGUUUGGUGAUGAACCAACUGCGAGAGAGCGAACAGCAAGCAGCUACAGCUGGCAAUGAGUAGCGACUGAAAACUGGCAUAAUGGACUCCAAAGCUAUUUAAAUCUUGUGAAAUGUGAACUUGAACUUUUAAAUGAAUUUGUCAAAAUUUUAAGUGGAAUGGCCUCACCGCUUCAGGGCGAGAUAUAUUUUAAAAUGUUUUCCAUUUAUUUUUUUAAAGAAAAACAAAAUAAUAGCGAGAGUUUCACUUGAAAAUUAACCACAAAAACUCAUUGCAAAAUAUUUGUAAGCAAUUUUUAAGUUAUUUAGUUUUAAAGAAAAAUAUGAUAUAAAAACCGAAAACAGAAACACGCCACACAAACGAAAACAUG